AUGGUGUUAUGUGGACUCUUGUCUCCUCUCAUGAGUUGCAUCAAACCAAACACUUCCCCGGUCCCAACAGAUAUGCGGUCCAAAUGCUCACCGUACCUCAAAUAUUACACAUCCGCUUGUCAACAAGACUCUGACCUCAAAACCUUUGAUACUUCCCUUCACCAGCGAACAGCCAGUCUCAUGAAGUUGCUCACUGAUCAGGCGGCCAAGUCUGGUCAAUCUAUCUCCCAGGUCUCACUCAUGGAUGUCUACGAGUUUCUACUUGACCUAAACCGAGAUGUAGUAAAGGAGAUAGUCGAAAGCAGAGAAGAUGUCAGAAAGAACAAAGAUUUGACUUCUUUGGUUGAUGUCUACUUCAAAAACACCUCAAAGACCUUAGAUUUCUGCAACACCGUCCAGAACUGCGUCAAGAGAGCAGAAGAGAGUAGGCUUAUCAUCCGUUACGCAGUGGAAAAGUUCGAGGCAGAAUCUGUGAACACGAAGAAGAAGAAGAAGUACGCAAAAACAAUGGAGGAGCUGAAUAAGUUUAAAGCCAAGGGAGAUCCAUUUGAUGGAGAGUUCUUGACUCAGUACAAGUCGUUCUACGAGGAACAGGUUCUGCUUCUGGAGGAAUUGAGUAAGCUGAAAGCAAAGCUAGAUAAGAAACAGAGGAAUGUAAAGAUAUGGAGGAGACUCUCCAAUGUGGUUUUCAUAACUGCGUUUGUCUCCGUUCUUCUCUUAUCGGUGGCUGCUGCUGCAUUGAGCGCACCGCUAGUGUUGGCUGCGGUUGCCGCUGGAUUGAGCAAACCAAUCGAGGUUGUCGGAGAAUGGUGUAACGAGAUGUGGAAGAAGUACGAAAAGGCUGUAAAGAGACAGAGAGACUUGGUCUCCACGGUGGAGACUGGAGCGAGAGUUAAUAAUAUAGUGACGGAUAACAUAAGGAUGGAAGUUGAUAAUCUGAGAAUAAAGUUGAAAUUUAUUAUGGAGAGUGUUGAGUUUGCUGUGGAGAGAGAGGAAGAUGAGGUGGCGACGAGACUUGCGAUGCAAGAAAUAGAGAAGAAAGUUGAUGGGCUUACGGAGAAAAUCAAGGAAGUUGGUCAACAUGCGGAUAAGUUCAGUGAAGUCAUUUCUUCGGGGAGACGUCUCGUUCUGAAUCAUAUCCUCAGCUUACCCGCCAAUUUGGUAUCUUAGAAACAGAGAACUUGCAAAAGAUGUAUCAUCAUCAAUGGCGGCUGAAGACUCGGGCUUUAAAGUUAGGGUUCUAGGUUUUCGUAUGUGCUUUUAAGUUGGGGUUUUAAGGGCCAUAUAGGUUAAUCC